UUUGCGGACGACGCCGCGACAGGCGCAGCGAGCCGGCUCAGGAUUCCCUAUUUUCUCGUGCUUCUUGUGUGGAUUUCUGGGUCUGCAAGGCUUUUCGAGCAGGGAGCCUCAAAAGACGAAACGAGGAGAUGGUGCUCGUCCGUGUUGCUUUGGUUAUGUUCCUGGCGCUGGCUGCCUACGCUCUCCCAGCGCCGGACACCAAAACGAGCGAAGACUCCGUCGCGCCGACCAAUCCUCCGAUCGCCACAGGUCCCAUCACCGCCGAAGGCAGCAGUGUGCCCGCUGAAGACACGAACAGCACUGGACUCCUGAGGAACCCCGGCUUCUCCUGUGAAGGUCGCAUCUUCGGCUACUACGGCGAUCCGGCCAACUGCAGCCUCUUCCACUACUGCGAGCCGUUCGUUGACCCGGAGUCCAACCAGUUCGUCCUGCACGCCGCUUACCUCUGCCCCAACGAGACUGUCUUUAACCAGCUCAGUUUGACGUGCGCCUACCCCGGCGAAGCCCUGCCUUGCGAGCGAGCGCCCGAGUACUAUUACAUCAAUUCGCACGUCGUACCCGCUGACUCCGGCGACAACAACGCAAGUUCCACCGAAGCUUCGUCCACCGAAGCGGGAGAUGCAGCAGCAACCACAGCGGUGCCAGAAGCCGCAUCGACGGAGAAGGCGGCGGAGACGAAGCAGUAAAAGUUCGCACAACAAACCUCCGACGGAUAUUUCAGUUUCAGAAUUUAUUUGUACCACACUGGUCACAUGUGGUCUUCAUCCGCUGCUUGUGUAAAUAUGCUCGUUCUCUCAUUGUCUUUUUUUUUUAUUUUGUGAUAUAAAUAAACUUUUUUUAAGAUCGGCUG